AUGCAUAAUGUAAGAAUUACAGGGGAAGCAGCUAAUGCAGAUGAGGAAGCUGCUGAUGAAUAUCCUGAAGUUCUGAAGAAACUUGUGGAAGAAGGAGGAGCAUAUGAAGACAUUGAUGAAUGUGAAGAAAUCUUACAUAUCCGCCAACAUAAGAAGAUGACGAAUAAGGAAUUAGAAGAACGUUUCACGGUUAUUGAAGAAGUUAAGGGAAAAUGUCCACAAGAGUUCGUCAAAUCAUCUGUUCUUCAGGACAUGCUAGAGUAUUUGGUUCCAAUAUCCCUCCCCCAGUCACUAAAUAUAGAUUUAUUGCUAAUAUCUCCUGGUACGAGUGCUUCACUUAUUGGUGAGUUGUUGAUGGUUUUUUUUUGCACUGAAACAGAGAAUUAUGCGUCACAGCUUCUAAUUAUUUUAUAUGUCAUGAUGAAAAAUCGUCGCAAUUUUCGUCGCUUUUCUCAGAUCCCAUAUGGCUAUCACAAUUUAUGUUUGUUGAAAACGCAAAAAGGAGUACUUUUUGAACCAGAUGUGAAUACUUGUAAAGCCACUUUUGCUUUAUCCUGAUUUUGGUUUCCUGAAGCACAGUUUGGCUGUGCGUCAGGAGUAAUUCAUACCCGUGUAGGUUACACAGGAGGAAAAAAAAUAAAUCCAACUUACAGUAGUUUAGGUGACCACACAGAAGCAGUUGAGAUUGAUUAUGACCCUGGAGUUACGAACUAUGAGGAGCUUUUGGAGAUAUUUUGGGCUAGUCAUGAUCCCACUCAGACACACAAGAAACAGUACAUGACUGCUAUCUUCUAUCAUGAUGAUGACCAGAAAAGACUAGCUGAAGUGACAAAAGAGCACAUGCAACGUGCAGUAACUCAGCCAAUUGUGACCUUAAUACUCCCUGCAAAUAAGUUUUAUCUUGCUGAAGAUUACCACCAAAAGUACAUGCUUCAGAACCAUCCUGCAUUAUUCCAUAGUCUAGGCCUUACUACAAGUGAUGUGAUUGAUUCAUUUGUUGCUACACGUCUGAAUGGAUACCUUGGAGGAUUUGGAGAUAGAUCUCAAUUUGAAAAAGAAUGGCAGAAACUUAAGAUCAGUGAGGAACAAGCUGAUUAUAUUUGCUCUCAUCUUGGAAAACGUGGAAGCACUGCUAAUAUAAAGAAUUGUCACUAAACUAGGAAGAGAGGAAAGAAAUUGUGAUAAUGUUGAAUAAUAUAUUGAUAUUCUUUAAUUUUCUCACCUUGAAUAUAUUACCCCACUAAAUAUACUAAAGAAUAAUGCUUUUGUAUUGCUGUCCAUCAUAAACAAAGGUGUGAAAGUGUAAAUUUCUGAAGGAUCUGUGGGUCAUUGUUUGUGUAAAAUGUGUUAUUUCUGGUAUAUAUAGUAUUUCUUACUUCAACAAUGAUCAAGACAGUCAGUACAGGAAUAUUUUGUAUUUUCUGUGGUGUAGGUUUGUAUAUUAAUAUCCAAUUUAUAAAUGAUACAUACAAAUUAAUAGUAAUUCUGUCUUCUGGCCUUCACAUCAUUGUACUUUGAAAAGAAAAUUGUAGGUUUCACAUCCUGUUAGAAAAUCUUUUCUUUGGUGUAGUAAAAAAAUUUUUUUUUCCUUUGAAACACUAAUAUAAAAUGACAGAAAAGCUCCCAGAACUUAUGUAUAAAAAUAAUUUCACAUGAAAAUGUAUAUAUACACAUAAUCAAGUAUUUAGUUAAACAAAGAGAGAGAUAAAGCUGCUAGAUUUAUAGCUUUGUAUAAGCUGUGACAUAGAUGUAAGUUAUAUAAGUGAAAGUUGUGAUUUUUGUGUGUAUGUGGUGAUGCUGAUAUCUAUGAUGUAUGUUGGUAAAUUUGAUACUAAAACCAGCAUAUUGAUGUUCACACAGUGUCACUGGAUAAAAAUAGUUUUAAAUAUAUGUACUUACUCCAAAAUAAAGUGUAAUUGAAAAUGUA